CAAAAGACAUGGAUGUAAAUAAGAUUAUAAGCAAGAUUCUGACUGGGAACUUUGAAGAUGUGAAACGAUUUAUCAAAGAAAAUCCUGAAACGGUCAACCAAAGAAACUCACACAGUAAAACUUUCUUAAUGGCAGCAUGUGCACAGGGCAGCACAAGUCUAAUGGACUUCUUGAUAGAAUCUGGAGCCAAUAUGGACAUGAGUGACAAAGCAGGUCUGACAGCUUUACAUUAUGCUGUGAUUAACCGUAAAAUUGGUGCUGUGGCCUCCUUAGUCUCCAGGGGAGCAAAUGUUAAUAAGCAGAACUCAUGGGGCAACACACCUCUACAUCGGGCUGCGCAGAACAACUAUGAUGAUGUAGUCAAAGUCCUGUUAAGUAGCAAAGGAAAUAACAUUUUACAGGUCACUCAGCCAAAUAAUGAUCAUUGGACCCCUCUACAUGUUGCCUCUUAUCAAGGACACACAGACACAGCUAAACUUCUCCUACAACAAAAGGACACUGAUGUGAGGGUGAAGGACAAAGAUGGUUGGACACCUCUACAUCUUGCCUGUCAGAAUGGACACACAGACACAGCUAAACUUCUCAUACAACAAAAGGGCACUGAUGUGAGGGUGGUGGGCAACAAUGGUUGUACACCUCUACAUCUUGCCUCACUUCAAGGACACACAGACACAGCUAAACUUCUCCUACAACAAAAUGGCACUGAUGUGAGGGUGGUGGACAAAGAUCGUUGGACACCUCUACAUCUUGCCUCACUUCAUGGACACACAGACACAGCUAAACUUCUCAUACAACAAAAGGGCACUGAUGUGAGUGUGGUGACCAACGAUGGUUGGACACCUCUACAUCUUGCCUCACUUCAUGGACACACAGACACAGCUAACUUCUCCUACAACAAAAUGGCACUGAUGUGAGGGUGGUGAGCAACGAUGGUUGGACACCUCUACAUCAUGCCUCUUAUAAUGGACACACAGACACAGCUGAACUUCUCCUACGACAAAAUGGCAUCAAUGCCAAUAAAAUGGACAAUGAUGGUGACACUCCUCUCCAUGUGGCAGUUCAAAAGCAACACUAUGGUGUGGUAUCGUUGAUG